AUGUAAGCCAUAAAGUCCCAGCUAACCUAAAUUUAUGCUGAAUUGGUCCACAGUUUAAGGACUUAGCUUUAAUACAGCACUCAUCUCUCCUAGGUUUCUCAGUCAGAAAUUGUAAAUAGCACUACUGGUCUAGACUCUGCUAGUUGCUAUGUAACUGGAACCACUAGAGAACGAUAUGACUGUUGCUCUGAAAAGUCUCAGAACACCUGCUAUGCUGUCUCUUUCAUAUAAUUUUCACUAACUCUACUCCUUUUAAUUGGAUUUUGUCUGACUUUAUGGAAAAGUUCUUGGUUAAGAAACUAGCUGCUAAUGAUCUGUGUAAUCAGUGGCUCUAUCUUUUUCUGUUUCUUGAGGGCUUUGUAUUUUUCAAUAUUUGCAUACCCCUAGACCCAAUUAGAAACAUUUUUCGUAAUAAAAGGAGCACCAAUUAUUGAAUUCAUGCUCGUCCUCUCUGCUCUACUUGCAUACAUGUACUAUCUACAGCAGAGAUUCUUAGAGAGUGAGAAAAUCGGAUACUCUGUGGUGGAGUAUAAGUAGAAAAUCGAUGUUAUGUAUCUGAUUAGCCUUCCUCUAACCAUCCUAGCUUAUUCUUGCAUUCUAAUCUUUUGCAUUGCUCAAGGCUAAAUGCAGCCAUAAGAUGUUGUGAUGACUUUAAUACUGGGCCUAUACUUCAUUGGGUUCUUAUAUGUGCCAACUGAGUUAUACCAGACAAUCAAGGAGACAAUGCCCAAAGUUGCCGCUUACAUUAAAAAGUACAUCUUAGCUUUAAUCAUCCUGAAUGAGUUCCAAAUAUUUACUCGCAUGAUAUUCAUCUCCAUAAAUGAUAUUGCUGAGACGAGUAAGAUCAACUCCCAGAAUGAUGAAUCAGACAAGUGGCCUGGACUAAUCCUAGAUCAUUAUAAGAGAGUUAGCACUUCUGAUUUGAAUGAAAGUGUGGACAAUAUUUACAGGCUUUUGAAAAAUCUUUAGGAUUAAUUAGUUGAGAAGGAAGAUCAGCUCUAGACUAUCAAAGAGGAUCUGCACCUAAGAAAAUUUGAGGAUUCUUUAUUUGAGUCUAUAUGUAAAACUAAGAGAGCUCAGAGAAGAAAAUUAAAGAUCUAAGCAAAGGUCAAUCAAUUUAAUGACUAAAUGGAAAAGGCUGAUAAAUAGUCGAUUCCCUAAAUGGACAGGCUCAUGAAAUUGCUCCAUGAGAUCAGAGAUUCAAUAGGAACUGAGGUUGAGGACAGACUACAUUAAGUUAUUGAAGAACUCUAGAUUCUUGAGAACAGCUGGAACUUGAUACAAAGAUUUAUAAAAUAAGAUGAUGAGCAGAUAUCAGAUUAUACCCAGCAAAAUCUGGCAACAUUACAAAUGAAUAUGAUACCACUCAAUCAAAUCCUAGCCAACUUGAAGUAGAUCUACGAUCGAAUUCUACUAAAUCCUUUCGUAAACAAAGUCUACUUCGACAAGCUUACCAUUAUUAUGAGUAGAGAUUUACAGGCUCUUGAUAGGAUCUAGAAAGAAGUGAUAGAUUGCUAUGAAGGUAAACUUGCAGACCACUCGCCUAGAGAACUUAGAAAAAUAAAUGAAGUAGUGGAGAAAUCACUAUUUUUUCAAUAGAAAAUACAGGUCGAGGAAGUCAACAUGCUUAAGGAUUGCAACAUUUUGUUUCAAUUUGAAGCUAUAUCCUCAGCAAUUAAAAAUAUACUAGACGAACUAAAGCUGAAUAUUGAUUAAGAGAUUGCUAGUUUUAAGAAAACUAUGGCUGAAUAUGAUGAAAACUAUCAAAAAGUACUAAUUGAUCUUAAGGUAUAGAUUGAAUGUGAAGUCAUCUAUAAACUUGACAAGGAAUAUGAGAAUUGCAUCCUUUAAAAAAAGGAUAUAGACUUUUACAAUAUGUGCCCUAUCAUCGAAUCCUUUGAGGUAGUUAUGAUGAAAACACUCUAAGCAGAGUAGGAUUCCUUUAAUAUUACAAACCGCUAUCUCUAAAUCAAAUAAAUAAUAGAUGUUAACAAUAAGAAACUUGACUUGCAUUCUAGUCUUUAAGCCUCAAUUAAGAUUCUAUAAAAUGAGAUACAUUCUAAUGGCUAUAUUCUUUUGACAAAACUUAAUAAAUUCUUAGUAAACUACGAAGAAGUAAUAAAGUCAGAUGACCCAUAGUUAAAGCAACUUAGAAUAAUUCAUACUACUUAUUAGCAAACUGUCUUGGAUUAAGUAAGGACUCAGGUAGCUGCUAUUAGUUCUGAUAUUAUCGAUGUCAAGCCAAUGAAAUUGAAUUAGGUUUAAGAGAGGUAAAAUUAGUUUGAAAGUUUAAAAACUAAGUACGACUAAGGAACUAAGAAAUUUAGCACUGAUAUUAAUCUUUAAGUCAAAGUAUUGAUCAACUAGAUAAUAUCCAUUAGGAAGCAUAUAGAUCUCAGACCUCUCAGGUCUUAGAUACAGUAGUUAGAUGGUAAAAUCUCAGAAAGUGUUAUCUUAAAGUAAUAAUACGAAGCUUUUGUGCUCAGUGCUGAAACAAUACUGCUUUAAGAUCUAGCUCACACUACACCUCAAACAGAUAAUGACAUAGUAGAUCAUUUGACUGAGGUUUAUAACUUUAAAUUUCGAACUCAAGACAUUUUAAGGAAUCUAUCUGCCUUUCAAGAUAAGCUAAGUAAUUUAAGAUUUGAAGAAACACAUCAGAAAGAGUACACUAGAGUGUACUUUGACUGCUUUAAUAUGAUAAUGAUAUAUUCUGAGCUUGUUGAUACGAUUAGGAAAGGAACACUGAGAGACUUGUUCUUUGAAUCAUCUUUUGGUAAUAAGAUAGAGGUGUUUGAAACUAUUAAAAGCUAUGCUCAAAAGAUUAAGACUGUCAAGUAUUCUGAUAAAAAUUCUAUAGAAUAUACUCAAUAACUUCAAACUGAAUUCGUAGCAGUUGCAAAGGAAUUCGAUAAUUAUGUUUACUAGAAUUCUAUGAUGGAUUACAUUUAAUCUUUAAAUAUCAAGCAAAUUUAUGCUAUUGACUAAUAAACACUCAAAGAUGUCAACUAAUUUAUCUAAAACAUAUAUGAAAAGCAUCAAAUGUAAGAAUAAGACUAAGAACUACUGAAUGAUUAUGAGUCUAGUCUUGAGCACCUGUCAGCUCAGUUUAAGUUAGUUAAAUCUUCUCACGGGCUUUUGACUUAGUAAAUUUAGCAAUUUAGGAAUAAUGGGUAGCCAGAGAAAAUUCAAAUAUUUAUUGAAGACCUGAUCAAAGUAAAAGCUGCGGUGGAACAGUAUGUAAAAUCAUAACUUUAAUAUGAAGGACUCAUUAAUUAGUGUGAACUGCUAUAAUAAAGAAUAAAGGAGCUUCAUGAAACUAUAAUGAUUCAAUCCUACUACUUCGAGCAAUAGUCUCAGGAAACUUCCAAAUAAGAUUCAGACUAGCAAGAUUAUGAAGAUCAAUAAAACUGA